AUGGAUUCCCUGUCGUCGGUCUCUCCAUCUAUAGUUCUACCUCCGACCAACCCUUUACCGGCGCAGCAGCGGCGGCGUCCUCAAGUUGCUGCCUUUCCCUUCGCAACGAAUAAACGUCAACCUCGCUUGUCGUCUUUCUUUAGCUUGCCUUGUUCUAAAGGGGGACCCGAUCGAGUUGUUGAUUGUAAAUGCAAAUUCAACGGUGGGGAUGCAAGAGAAGAAGAUGAUGAAGAUGUUGAGAAAGAGGAGGUUGAAAAAGCGCUUCAUUUGGACGGUACGAUUCCAUAUACUUCCGGCGAGUUUCUGAAGCGGGUUUCGUCUCGAGCGUAUAACAUGCGGAGGCAUUUGCAGCAAACUUUUGACAGUAGCAGUUAUGAUGGUAAAAGUUCUGCAGAUCUUGGGUAUUUUUGA